AUAAAUCUCACUCAUUAGCAUGCAUGGCUAUCCAAAAGCUAGCAUAACCUCUUAACCAAAAAUAAGUCAAAUUUCACUCAAAAAAUAAUGACGAAGCUUUCGACUUUGGCUUUUGUUAUUGUUUUCAUGGCUGCAGGUGUUUUAGUGCAGGAAAGCAAUGGACAUCCCUGUGGCAGCACAUUUUUCUCAGCUCUAGUUCAGCUUAUACCAUGCAGGGCAGCAGUUGCUCCAUUUAGCCCAAUUCCACCUAGUGAUGCUUGCUGUGCAGCCAUCAGAACUCUAGGCCAGCCUUGUCUUUGUGUGCUUGUCAAUGGCCCUACAAUUACUGGUGUGGAUAGAAACAUGGCUAUGCAGCUUCCUGAUAAGUGCACUGCCAACUUUGAACCAUGUGAAAUUGCCAAAUGACUAAGAAGUUAGAGAUAAGGGAAGGUCAUGAAUAGAUAUGCAAGCAUGGAUGAUGGAUUGCUACUCCAAGUCUAGAUAUAGUUUAUAUAGCUACUAUUCACUAUAAUAAGUAAUGAAACAUGUACCAAAUCCUAUGUUGGAUUCUAGUUAUAUGGUCUUUUUUAUCAUUCUUGCAGCUUAACUAAUUAUUUUCAUGUUGGAAAUCUCGUCUUGAGUUUUUAAUCUGAUAUUGUUAUCGAAACUUUACUGGAAUUCUUCACUGGGGAAAAAGAAAAUUCUUGAAAA